UCUAUACAAAGUCUUUAAGUCAGUCAAAAGCCGCACUCACUUCUCCUCGGACAGUUGCUCAGUUUCCUUUGUUCACAAGCCUUCUCUAAUUAAUUUGCUAAAAUUAGCUGUUUUCUCAUUAUUCAGUGUUGACUCAUAUCUGCAUCUGUAUAUUUUUUUGCCAUGACAUUGUACGGACAAGCCAUUUUUCUGGGAUUGUUGUUCUUUCUUGAAAUGCAGUUUCUUUCAACAAGUGCUGCUUCAGAUGCAGUUUGCCCCUUAACCAUGACGGGGUCCAACUAUACUCUGACUGCCUCAAUCUGCUCCACCAAAGAAGAAAGAGGUAAGUGUUGCCGCUACAUUAAUGCCUUGGUUGCAAUUUCUGUUGCUCGAUAUACAAAUGCAACAAGCAACCUCGGGGUUAAUGCUGAGUCAUCAGAAAUUUGCCUAAAUAAAAUAGCAGAUAUUCUCCAAUUCCAUGGAGUCACCAGAAAUGCAACAGUGUUCUGUGGUUUUGGGACAAAAAUUCCUGUCAACUAUGAUUGCCAAGGUCGAACAACUGUCACUCAGAUGCUUCAAUCUCCACAAUUUUCAAGUGUUACUAAACACUGCCAAGUCCCCCUCUCGGUGGAAAGUAAAUGUAGAAAAUGCCUCAAUACCAGCAUCUUGUAUCUCCGCAAUCUAGUUGGUACAGCUAAUAAUACGACAUUUAGUACUUGUAGAGAUGCAACAUUUGCUACUCUUGCAAGCCAAGUUGACAAUGCAUCAGCUAUUGAUAUGGCUCGCUGUUUCUUUGGGGUUAAAGGCCUAAUUAUACCUCCAGGACCAUCCCCGUCACAACUUUCACCAGAGGUCUCUCCAAGCCCCCCCGUUGCUGCCAGCCCCACUCAACUUUCCUUGACUACACCCGUUAAGGAAAAUCAUCCUUACCACCUUACAUUGGUACCAAUUGUUGGCAUAAUAGUUACAGUCGUGGCUGUCCUGAUGCUGUUUAUCUUAAUUGUUCUGAUUUGGAGGAAAAGCAAAGAACUGCAAGAUUCUGAUGCAACUGAUAAGAUAUCUUCCAAAUCCUUCGCACAGCCACCAAAAAGAUUCCAGGAAGGGACAGCUUCUAUGUUUAACAAAUACAGCUACAAGGAGACAAAGAAAGCAACCAACGACUUUAGCACAACUAUUGGACAGGGAGGAUUUGGCACUGUAUAUAAAGCUGAAUUUAAGGACGGUUCCGUGGUAGCAGUGAAGAGAAUGAACAAGGUUUCUGAGCAGGCUGAGGAUGAGUUUUGCAGAGAAAUAGAACUGCUUGCUCGACUGCAUCAUCGUCAUCUCGUUGCACUGAGGGGCUUUUGCAUUGAAAGGCAUGAGAGGUUUCUUAUGUAUGAGUAUAUACCGAAUGGAAGCUUAAAUGAUCAGCUUCACGAUCCAGGUAGAACUCCCCUCAGUUGGCGUACAAGAAUUCAAAUUGCUAUUGAUGUGGCAAAUGCUCUGGAAUAUCUUCAUUUCUAUUGUGAUCCUCCACUGUGCCAUAGGGACAUCAAAUCAAGCAAUAUAUUACUGGAUGAGAACUUUGUCGCAAAGGUUGCAGAUUUUGGCCUUGCACAUGCUUCGAAGGAUGGUUCUAUUUGCUUUGAACCGGUAAACACAGAUAUCAAGGGAACACCAGGUUAUAUGGAUCCCGAGUAUGUCAUCACCCAAGAGCUUACAGAAAAAAGUGAUGUAUAUAGUUAUGGAGUGGUAUUACUGGAAUUAAUCACAUCGAGACAGGCAAUUCAAGAUAACAAAAAUUUGAUAGAGUGGGCUGAAACAUUCCUGAUAUCGGAAUCUAGGAUAACUGAGCUCGUAGAUCCUAACAUUGGAGACUCUUAUGACUUCGAUCAACUUCAGACCCUUUUAGCAAUUGUUAGAUGGUGUACACAAAGAGAAGGACGGGCUCGGCCUUCAAUCAAGCAGGUCCUUAGGCUUUUGUACGAGUGUGCGGACCCCAUGCACAGUGGCUUCGUUGAAUCCAUGGAGGAUGAAGGUUAUGAUGAAACUGAAGGAAGAGGAAGAACAAGUAGGUCUAGGAUGCACAAAGGUGAGGGAAUAUUUCACAGUGGUGACGGAAGGUGUCUAGCUUCUUCGUCAAGUACGUCGAGGUCUUAUUGUAGCAGGAGCUUCCUUAUUGAAACCAGUCCUCCCCUGUCUCCACUCUAAUGUAUGCUAUUAGAGACCAAUUAUUUGACUGUUAAGUAACUUUUUUGGAUAACCGAGAAAUCCCCGAGGGCCAGCUGAUGCAUGGUUCGAAAUUCAGUGGAUAAUGCUUUUGACUGUUAACUAACUUUCUAGCAGAUUUAACUGUAAAGCCAUUACAUAUCAGAGUUUUAAGGUUACUGAGUUCACCAUCCUGACAUUGAUAAGCAGCACGUGCACGCGAUCCAGAGGCUGUGAUCCAUAGGUCCAUGAAGUUGGCUUAAUUCCAUCAAAGGAUGACUUUUUUCCUUGCGAAGUAGUCAGUGGUUACAACAGAACUAUAUGACCACCUGCAUUACAGAAAGUGGGGGUACAGUGUUUAAUUCUAUUCUUCCACGAAAUUUUUCGGAGAGAGUGACUAACAACUUUAGCUUCUUUUUCUUUUUUUUUUUUCUUCUUCUUUGGGUUGGUUUGUUAUGUUUAACAUUCUUUAGCACUUUCCAGGGCUGUUAUUUCUUGCAAGUUA